CGCCGGGUUGCGCGCGGGAUACGGUUUGCUAACGGCUCUGCGGGCUGACGCGAAUCGGUGGCGGUGGGAACGCUGAGCAGGCGGUUGGGUGACCAUGAAACGCCGCCGUGCAUCCUCUGGUAAAAGGGGAGAGGCUGCUGAUGGGGGAACAGCAAAAAGAUCCAUGAAGUCACACAACCUGCAAGGACCUACCAGCCAGAAAAGGGGAGCAGGGGACAAAGGAAAUAAACAUCAUCAGAAAAGAAAGCGUGUCUCUCAGGCAGUCAGAAGGAAAGAUGAGGAACAUGAGGAUUCUUCUUCCUCUGCAGGAGAAAAAGGUCAUUCAAAAAAGGUGAAGCUAUCCAGUGCAAAGCUAGGAUCGUGGCAACCGCUCUCAGAGAGCAGCAGGAAGUUUCUGGAAAGUGUGAUGGACUCAGGAAUACUAUCUAUUUUGUGCCAACAAAAUAAGGGAAAAGAAGAUGUUCAGAAACACCUGAAUUUGCUGAAAGAAAGGGUGCUGAGAGUCUUCAAGACCUUAAAGGUACCCUCAGGGAAGCUGAGCAACCUGAACAAUGUCCUGAGGUUUCAAGUGGCACAGAAACAAAUGCUUGAGAUGAAUGAAACAGCUUUGGUACAAUUGCAGGAAGAAAUAAAUGAAGCUGAGAAAUCAGCAGAACGCACAGAAGAAACUAUACUGAGACUGCAGCACGACAUCCAGGUGCUCAAGAUCCAGUUAGAGGAAGAGGAAAAAAAGGCCAGGAAGCUGUUCCGGGAGGGUGACACUAAAGAACUUCACCUUCCAGAACUCCCCAAAUGCAGUUUACAGGCACCCACUUUGCAGGAAGAAAUUUUGAUGGUAGAAAAUCAGAAGGGUCUUUUAGAGGAUAUGAACACCAUUCAGCAGUCAGCUGAUAUGAGGAAUAUGUUGACCUUCAUUGAAAAGAUCUAUGAGAAGGUGGACUUUGUUUGAGAAACUUAAACAUUUGGAGCCUUCUCUGACACAAGAUUUAUGCCAGUGUGCUCUGUGGUACAGUGGGACACUGGUCAUGGAAAUGGCACUUUGUUCUUAAUGGCUUUACUAUUGUGCUGCUGAAUAUAAUCCAAGCUGUAAAUUUGUAUCUCCAUUUUAUUUUCUUGGACCUGUUAUGGCUUCUUCUAAUGUUGAAAUCUGUUGUCCUACAAGAAGGGAGGGAGGAAGGUGGCACCUGUGUAUCCUUAGGUAAUUUCAUACAGUAAAGUUACCUGUUGUAUUUGGGCUUUUUGUAUUUUAUCUGUAAAUUGUUGAAAGCAAUGCCUCUUAAACUAACACUUAUUUUGGGAUUAAGUCCACUUUAAACCUGAAGUGUAAUACAAAUGUGUUUAUCUCAUACUCA